UAUUAUGUAUAUAAAUCGUAAUCCAAUAACGUGUAUACCUUCAGUUAUACAGUCAGUUGACUGUUUAAAGCACAACCGCGUGUCGCCCAUUAGUACUACGUUUGCUAGUCACGUUUAUAAUGCGCACUUGGCGACCAUAGUGAAACAAAUAACAUGAUAACCAAAAUAAAGUCGGCUUUAAAGCGUUGUAAAAAGUAUCGGGUUUGGAUUGUGCAGAACUUGAAGCAUCUGAUGGCUCUGUCGGGUACCGUGCACCCAGCGACGAUCAAAGAUUUAUUCCCAAGACUCGACGACGAAGACAGGGAAGCGUUGGUAAGAAAAUUAAACACCGGCGAAGACCUGUACCCGAACUGCGACAAUUCUAUAUGGCUUCGAAGUUGUACAAAAGAGACUACUAGUCCGAUUCAUGGCAAAACCAUAGGUAAAAUACCAAAAUGGUUAACCGGAUCACUGCUAAGAAACGGACCAGGUUGCACGCGUGUCGGGAAAUUUGAAUUCAAACACUUAUUCGAUAGCUCAGCUCUACUACACAGAUUUGCAUUUGAUAACGGCACAGUGACGUACCAAUGCAGAUUUUUGAAAUCCAAUACUUACAAACAAAACCACGCAGCUCAGAGGAUUGUCGUCACUGAGUUCGGAACUAAAGCUUGCCCAGACCCGUGUCAAACGAUUUUCCACAGGUUUGCCAAUGUGUUCAAUUGGAACUCCGACGAAACAGAUAACGCAAUGAUAUCAAUAUAUCCGAUUGGAGAUGAAUAUUAUGCGUUGACGGAGUUUCCCGUUAUGAUCAGAAUAGAUCCCAAGACCCUGGAAACGAUCAAUAAUGUUAAUAUUGCUAAGAAAAUGGCCAUAGUGCACCACACUGCGCAUCCACUUUUGGCGUCCAACGGGGACGUGUACAAUUUGGCGACUAUUCCCAAAAUAGACGGUCCUUACUAUGGCGUGGUCCGUUUUCCUCGGUGCGAUCCAGAAACCGGACAACGACAUGCCGGUGCCGACCGGAUGUUCGAUCAAAUGCACGUGGUGGCUUUGGUCAAGUGUCGGUGGCCUUUGCACCCGGGCUACAUGCACACGUUCGGUAUGACCGAACAUUACUUUGUCAUAGUCGAACAACCGUUGAGCGUGUCCAUACCGACGGCGCUGGUGAACCGAUUCAACGGAGAACCGCUGUCUUCUGCUCUUAAAUGGUUCCCAGACCAUCCGACUUUAAUUCAUUUGAUUUCUCGAGCCGACGGACAAACGGUGGCGACGUACGAGGCCGAGUCUUUUUUCUACCUUCACAUCAUCAACCAGUACGAAAACGACGAUAGCGUGGUGAUCGACAUUUGCUGUUACCGAGAUCCAGCCAUGCUCGAUUGCAUGUACAUCAAAGCGUUACAAAACCUGAACAAAAAUCCGGAUUAUGCAGCCAUGUUCCGGAGUCGGCCGCUUAGAUUUGUGUUGCCGUUGACAGGCCAAAAAAACGGCGGUAGAUUGGCGGCACAACACCCGUUCGUAUGGCCAGAGGCGCUGUGCGAUUUAGGAUGUGAAACUCCCAGGAUAAACGACUGUAGGGCGGGCAAUAAAUAUAGGUUUUUCUACGCCAUUUCGUCGGACGUGGACGCGCAAAAUCCGGGCACGAUCAUCAAAGUAGACACUGUCAACAAAAAGUGUAUAACUUGGUGUGAACGAAACGUUUACCCUAGUGAACCGAUUUUCGUCGCAUCGCCCAACGCUGAAGACGAGGACGACGGAGUGGUGUUGUCUUCGAUUGUCUGGGGAGGAACUGAACAUCAACGUCGAACAGGAGUUUUAGUUUUGGACGCAACAACUUUGAAAGAAUUGGGCCGGGUAACGUUUGACACAGAAUCGCCAGUGCCAAAAUGCUUACACGGGUGGUACGCAUUGAGAACGGUCUGAGCAAACUACUUAAUUCCAUUUUCCAAAAGUUUAUAUCUGCCGUUUAAGUAUAGUCAUAAGAACGUGUACAAUUCACCCGUCGAACACUAGCAUUUAACUAGUGUUACACUAGUUAAAUGUACCGUAAUGUAUUUUAUUGAAUUGAAUGAUUUAAUGUACACACGUUCGAUGUUA